AUGUCUACAUUUUCAAGAUCAGGCUACUACUACGGAGCUCAAGAACAGGGGAACAAGAUGAAUUCGUGGACAAAUGGAUUGAAGCACACAACUAAGACUUUUCCUGGUUUCAGCUUAGAGGAACAGAACAAGUUUUUCAAGAGAGUAUAUGAUGUGAUCUACGACAGUGCAAGAACAUGUGGUCCGUGUACUGGUGGAGUUUUCUGGCAACAUACGACCAAUUAUAGAACUGGUCUGUUAGGUGAUGGGUACGAAGUUUUCAUGCAGCAAGGUCCUAAUACUACAGCUAGGCUUAUCGCACAGCAAUCUAUUAAACUGAGAAACCUCAAGUAUCCACCAUUAGUCACACAUAGUGCAGCAUGA